ACGCAGCAUGACGCCGCCUGUGGUGGCUCAUUAUCUGGCAACUGGAGUGGCAGCGGACAGAGGAGAGGGGAUCCCCGGGAUUUUUACACCGAAGCCAGCUAAAUACUGACAUCAAACCGCUGAAAAUCGUGUGGGAACUCGGUCAAGCUCCGCACAGAUCUGGUGAGAGUAGCCAUGUCAGAGGAGGCAGUGCGCCAAACGCGCAGCCAGAAGCGGGCUCUGGAGAGGGACCAUGCAUCUCCUGCCGGGCCCCUGGGAGACAUGGACAGCAAACGGGUUAAGCUGGAGAAGGGCGACGCAGCUGGGACCCCGCUGGCCCUGGUGGGUCCUGGAGCCGAGGGCGUCAAGCUGAAGAGCGAGCAGGCUGCGAAGGUGGCAGCCUGCAUCCUGAAGACUGGGGAAGUGAAGGCCACCAUCAAGGUGGAGGUGCAGACCGGAGACGAGCCAGUCGACAUGAGCACAUCCAAAAGUGAUAUUAAGAAGGAACGGCAGCCUCCUUCGCCGGAUGAUGUGAUUGUGCUAUCGGACAAUGAGCCAUCUAGUCCUCUGAUGAACGGCCACUGCUUCACAAAGACUGACACAGAUAAACUCAUGAAGAGUUCACCUGAGGAAAGGGAACGCAUCAUCAAGCAGCUGAAGGAGGAACUGAGACUCCAAGAGGCCAAACUGGUGCUGCUUAAGAAACUACGACAGAGCCAGAUCCAGAAGGAGAGCACUGUGCAGAAGGCGGCUGGCUCUGUGGCUACUCCUCCUCCUCUUGUGAGAGGAAGCAUGACCUCAAGCAAAGGAACCCUUCAGGUGUCAGGCCGCAGCUCAGGCACCGUGAUCCCCCCACCCUUGGUGCGGGGUGGGCAGCAUGUCCCGUCCAAACACAACUCUCAAAUUGUCAUGCCACCCCUGGUCAGAGGAGCCCAGCCUAUCGCAGUGACUCCUCAGCAGAUUGCCAGUCUACGUCAGCAGCAGCACCAGCACAGCGGCUCAGGUCCUCCUCCACUCUUGCUGGCUCCCAGGGCUUCUGUGCCCAAUGUCCAGGUCCAGGGACAGAGGAUCAUUCAGCAGGGACUUAUCCGCGUGGCUAAUGUGGCCAACAGUAAUGUCAUGGUCAACAUCCCUCAGGCCUCUCCAACAAGCCUAAAGGGCUCUUCAGUGUCACCCAACUCUAUGAAUGACUCCCCCGCCAGCCGGCAGGCGGCCGCUAAACUUGCACUGCGCAAGCAGCUGGAGAAGACGCUGCUGGAGAUCCCUCCGCCCAAACCGCCUGCACCCGAGUUCAACUUCCUGCCCUCUGCAGCCAAUAAUGAGUUUAUCUACUUGUUGGGGUUGGAGGAAGUGGUGCAAAAACUUCUGGAGAUGCACGGCAGGGGUAAUCUAGGCCCAGCUGCUGCAAUGGCCAGCUCUAUUCCCAAAGAGCCAUACACAUGUGCCCAGUGCAAGACGGACUUUACCUCCCGCUGGAGAAAGGAGAAGGCCGGGACCAUCCUCUGUGACCAAUGCAUGUCGUCCAAUCAGAAGAAGGUUCUGAAGGCUGAGCACACCACUCGGCUGAAGGCCGCCUUUGUCAAGGCACUCCAGCAGGAGCAGGAGAUCGAACAGCGUAUCCUCCAGCAGGCAGCCUCCUCUUCCUCCUCUGCCUCCCCUCUUUCAAAAUCCAUCUCGUCCUCCUCUCCCUCACUGUCCAAAAGUGAUGUGCUGGUGUCCCAGCAUUAUAAGCAGGCCAGGGCUGCCAUGCAGCACAGGGCUGUGUCUGCCCACCACUCCACCAUUAAGCAGAGUCAGCUGUCACACAGCAUCCAGUCUGCAAUGAGCUCUCGUGGUGUGGCCCACUCCUUCACCUCCUCUCAGCUGCAGAAUGCGGUGACAGCAGCAGCACUGGGCAGCAGGUCAGGUAAGCAUGCUGCAGCACGCCAGCUGCAGCAAGGGGCAAAGGUCAGCGCCAGCAGCAGCAGCGGUAACCAGGGCAACGUGGCUGCCUGGAGGAAGCAGAGCGGUGGCAACACAGGUGUGACUAUGACCUAUGUGAACCCCAGCUUGUCUGCUCAUAAGACCUCCUCUGCUGUCGAGCGUCAGCGAGAAUACCUGCUGGACAUGAUUCCCUCCCGUUCUAUCUCCCAAGCAGCAAACACUUGGAAAUAAUGCAAUCUUCAGCCCUACUGACACCAUAACUAUUAGCCCUCUUAAUAUCAAUAACAGCCAUUCUCAUUAUCCUUCUAAUCCUUUCUAUGGACUCUGCCUCUGGCCAAAGUGGCGUGGGGGAGAAUUGUCUCCUUUACUCGUUGGAUAGAGGUUUUCUUGCGCCUCUUUCCCAUUUUCAUCUGCCACCGUCUUGCUUACCUGAAUCCUUCCCAAAAACGGAGCUGUGCUGUGAUGGCUUCAGGGAUAGAACAAACAUGUCGAAUAGAAUUUUGGGUACAUUUUUUGAGGGGUGGAGUUGACAUGGGCGCGUACAAUUUUACGAACUCCUGCAGUGAUGUUGCGUCUCCCUCCCUGUAUAUUGAUCGAAACCUCCCAGUUGCACCAGAAGGAUGUUGCCACAAAAUCACCGAGCUCCUUUGCCUCUGGAUUAGGCGGGGAGAAGUAAUAAUCACUAUUACAUACAAUAAAAUAUUCGCCUUAUGUCCUGCCCCUCUCCAGUCUGAGCCAUGCUGACUCAGGCCCACGUGGUGGCUGAACAGAACUAAAAUGAAGACCUCAUCACAGGGAUUGUUGUUGUUGAUCUUCGAGGACCAUCCACAAAACAAAAAACAAAAAAAAAAAAAAAUAAAUAAAAAUACGAACUGCUUCAGCUUUGCAAAAAUGAAUAAAAGAAAAAAAAGGACUGUAAAAACGGAUCUCUAUCUGCACACAGACUGCCUCUUCUCUCCAACCUACAGUGAGUAGUGUACAGUAGAGAAGGUGAUGUGUGUUGGAUCAUUUUGUAUGGCUGAAUGUUAGGAUUUUGUCUUUUCAUCUGUAAGUCAUAUACUGUGUUUGGAAUAUUGUGCUCCCUGAUACUUUGGAAGUGGCCUCUUGUCGAGGUCUGAAUUUACAGGCUAAUGUUACUGUUGAGGUGGUUUUACAUCUGCUGGGUUCCAUGGUGUGGCCUACUUUGAAAUACUUUGUUUUGUUUUCUAAGAUGAAGAGGUAGAAUAAAGAUUAAGCUUUCACUGACUCAUGUAAAAACACGGAGCAUAUGUUUGGGGGACUAUUCUUAUUGAAUAUUGUAAAACAAACCUUCCAAAGAACUAGUGGAGCCCAAAUGGAAUCCCUUCUGCUAGAAGGUUUCUAGUUUAUUUGAACCCUCUCUGGAUAUAAACAUGAAUUCAUGGUAACUGAGGGGGUGUAAGGAAUGUCAUAUUUUUGACAUUGUUUUUGCUUUUAGUCAUAGGUUGUGGUGCAUUAUUUUUCUCCUAUAGACAAACUGUCUGAAUUUAUUUAUAGGGUCAUGUUAGUACAGACAUAUGCGUAUGCCCUACGUUUGAAUGGAUCUUAACAUUUCUUUUCUCCUGUGUGUCAAGUGACUCCCACGCACCCUACGAUUGGUCUGAGAGAAGCUGGACAGCUUUCAGAAUGUAGUUAUGCAAAAACCCCUAUAGCAAACAAAUGACAUGAACUUCUUAGUCUUUAACAUUUAAGGUGUGUAUGAUUUCUGUCAGGUCAUUGAAUUGAGCUAACUCUGCCUUUCACAUGAGCUAUUGUGCAUUUUUUUUUAUCAGGUUGCAGCAGCACAGGAUAAGCUACAGUAAAGUACAAUAUGUCCCACAUUAAACAGGGGAAUUUCCACUGCUCAUGGACUUCAGUCAUUUUACAACCAGGUGUUGUGCAUCCCUGGGGUGGUCCGGCUGCGUCAGCGCUCGAUUUAUAUUUAUGCACCUGAAUGGAAAAAUGUCACUGGUGAAAGAUAUUGAAAUACUAAUGAGUGGAAUUUAAUCACCAAAAAAAAAAAAAAACAUCUGUCUUUUUUUUUUUUAAAGUCCAACUUAUAAGAUGCUGACCACCCCAGUAGUUAGUUUUGUCAAUAUUUUAUUAUCUGUCUGUUCCCCCCUCUUUUUCCGGUGUCUCGCUCCCCUGUAGCCUCACUCCAGAUUUCACCAAUGCAUCUGUGAUGUGCUCUAUUAUGAAAUUGUAUGACUUUGUGUCCUAUAUCCUGAGUGCACUAUUUAGAUUACUGAUUUGUGUCAGCCUCCAUACUAAAAGAUGGUGCACUGUGUAAGGUGAAUGGGCAUCCCUUAGUGCUAGGGUAUUGUCACUGUACAACUGGGUUUCAUUUAGGACGGUGCGGCAACACAAUAAGCACGUUCGGAUAGAAAUACGAGCAAACGAGGUUUCAAUUGCUCCAGAUUCUUGUAUUUCUGUCCCUUAAAGUAGCAGUAUCAGAUUUAUUCCAGGUUGUCUCUACAUUCCCGACAGGCAGAAAUUAGCAGCCCGCGUCUUGUGGAUGCAAAAUAAGCAAUCUGGUCUGAGCCCAUCACUUUGUGCCCUGCUAAGUGUAACCCUGUGCUGUGCUGACUACUGCCUGCUGCUGCUGCUGCCGCCGCCGCCGCUGCUGCUGCUGCUGUUUGACAACGAUAUCACCAUUCCGUUUGUUUGGGGUCAACGCGCUUCUAAAUGCAGUGCAGCCCAAAUGGAAAAGAAAACGAUGUAUGAGAAAUAUUUGUUUUGUUUUUUUGUUUUUUUUUGUUUUUUUUUUGGAUUUUUUUCUGCUCUAUCAAAUAAUAAUAAAACUAAUUUUAACCCCUC